CCCCCGUGGAAAAUAAACAGUUGGUAGUUCUUGUGAAAAUGUCAGGAGUUGUUGUUGUGGUAUGUGUCCCGACAGAAGUUAAAGAAAACGAAUUCCUGUCCAAACAAAAAGUCAGAAUAAUUUCCCCCAAGAAAGAUUAUGGAUAUGUUAGGAUCAAAGGUUUUUCGGACACAAGCGAUGGAGAUAAUUCGAAAAUUGAUGAUUUCGGAAACCUUUCAACUCCCACGCGUAUACCAAUGAUCAAAAUACUAGAAGAAAUAAUCGAUUCUUCGAACAUUACAAAUGCUGUCUGGUCUGGUAAGGGAGACUAUGUCCAAGUGAUGUUUCCAUUAGAAUCUCAACAGCAGUGCGAAUCGAUUCUGCAUAAAUUUAAUGAAAAUGACAUUGGAAAAGCGUGCGACUCGGCUGUUAGUGUAUUACCUUGUUGUAUACAUUAUUUCGGUCAAAAACCUAACGAAAAAGAUCCUUCAACUAAAAAGAAGCCAGGGGGUUUCAAUCCUGGUACGAAUACUUGGAACAACUUCAUUUCAUCUAGGAACACAAGACUGACUGUGGAUCAAAUUGUGGAAACUGUAAAAAAUAAAGCAAUUUUAACUUUCGAUUUUGUUUGCCUCUUGCUGAUCUCCACAACAAUGUGUGCGUUGGGUUUACUGGAAAAUAGCACUAUCUGUUUGCUUUCCAGUAUGGUGAUGUCGCCAAUGAUGGGACCAGUUAUGGCAGCUACCUUCGGAAAUAUAAUAAGGGAUACGCAUCUCAAGAAAAUUGGGGUGCAAAAUGAACUACUUGGGUUAGGGGUUGCUACUCUGGUAGGAUUCUGUUAUGGGACAAUCACUUGUAUUUUAACGGAUAAAUAUGGAAAUCAAGAAUGGCCCACUUAUGAGAUAACAUCCAGAGGAGAACUACGAUCACUCUGGAUUGGAUUCGUAAUAGCUUUGCUCUCAGGUGCUGCUGUAGCUCUGGGCAUUUUGAGUGAUAAUGUUGCAUCCCUUGUUGGAGUAGCCAUUUCUACAUCAUUGAUGCCGCCUGCGGUGAAUGCUGGCUUACUGUGGUCAAUGGCAUCAGUGUACUACAUAAAAGGUAAUUCAAGUACUACUUAUCAUUCCUUGGAUUUCAAAAGGCAGUAUUCAGAUAAUGAUUUCGUCGAACUCCUAUCGUUGGGAUUCAUAAGUAUUUGCUUGACUGUAGUGAAUAUUGUAUGCAUAUAUCUUUCUGCAGUCUUCAUUUUCAAGGUAAAAGAAGUAGCCCCAAUCGCAGUGCUAAGCAAACAAAGGAGGCAAUUCUGGAAGUACGAAUUGAAAAACGCGAGGCACCUUAACACCCUUCAUAAAGAGGAAGGUGAAAAAAUUCGAGACAGACUUGCAGACUUCGCAGAAGGCAGGAUAUCCUACGAUCCGGGUGACAUAUCGCACUAUUUCAGCUACAUCCCUAAAGACAGGAUGAAAAACAUGAUGAGCACCGCUACCUGGUCCCACAGCACCCAUCAGAUAGGAAGUAUGAGAGAUAUCCAGUUCGAACCAGUCUCAACAUCUCCAGAAAAAAAUAUCGAACAAGUCCGUACAGUUCGAAGCGACAGUGGUCUUAGAGCAUCAGACAGUCCAGAAAAGCCCGAGCAGAAGGACAAUUGUGAGGUCCCUAAGGAUAUUAAGAGGAGAAAGAAAAGGUCGGUAUCAACAUCUUACGAUACACGUGAUGUUCAAGAUUGUACACUGAAAACCAAGCUUCUGAUGUUGGAAAAAUCCGUAGAUGUGGAUAUCAAAAUGAUUCACACAAAAUGCAGAACUUUUUUGGUUUCCUCGUGUAAGGAAAAUGACACGGAUUCCCUCAAUAAAUUUCAAGUCUCAUAGGAGGUUGUCCUAGUCAAUAAUAAGAAUUUAUCGAAUAAUAUUUAGUGAUAUAAGCAAGAAUCGAAAAUGAAUUAGUCAGCCAAUAUUUAUGAACUUCACUCUUAUUCUAUCUCGUACAUGCUACAUUACAUUUUAACUGUACCACUUGAUGAGUUUCAUGAACUUUUGAUGUCAGAUAUUUUAUCUGUGAAUAGAAGUUUUAAUUAAAAG